CACACACACACAAACACACAUAUCUUUUGCCCAGUUUCCAGCUGCAGUCACCAAGACAUGGUCUCCCAGCCUACGACACUCCUGAGGUGUUUGGGCUGCACCCAAACGCAGACAUAACCUUCCAGAGUAAACUGGCUAAGGACGUACUGGAUACCAUCCUCAGCAUUCAGCCAAAAGACAGCUCAUCAGGCGGAGGAGAAACCAGAGAAUCUGUAGUGUCCAGGCUGGCUGACGACAUGCUGGAAAAACUGCCUCCUGACUACGUACCUUUUGAAGUGAGAGAGCAUCUUCAGAAGAUGGGUCCUUUCCAGCCUAUGAACAUCUUUCUGCGUCAGGAGGUCGAUCGGAUGCAGAGGAUCAUAGUUCUUGUCCGAAACACCUUGACAGACCUGAAGCUGGCUAUUGAUGGAACCAUCAUCAUGAGUGAGAACCUGCGGGAUGCCUUGGACUGCAUGUACGAUGCACGAAUUCCUGCACGCUGGAAGAAGUCAUCGUGGGCCUCCAGCACCCUGGGGUUCUGGUUCACGGAGCUGCUUGAGCGGAACCGUCAGUUCCAGGCCUGGAUCUUUGAAGGGAGACCCAACUGCUUCUGGAUGACAGGUUUCUUCAACCCGCAGGGCUUCCUGACAGCCAUGAGACAGGAGAUCACUCGGGCGAACAAGGGUUGGGCCCUGGACCGCAUGGUGCUGUGCAACGAGGUGACGAAGUGGAUGAAGGAUGACAUCAACCAGCCGCCCACAGAGGGAGUGUACGUCUAUGGUCUUUACCUGGAGGGAGCUGGCUGGGACCGCCGCAACUGCAAACUUAUUGACUCCAAACCCAAAGUUCUCUUUGAGAUGAUGCCAGUGAUCAGGAUGUAUGCUGAGAAUAAUGGUGUAAAAGACUCCCGCCUCUAUUCCUGUCCAAUCUACAAGAAGCCCACCAGGACAGAUGUAAACUACAUCGCAGCUGUAGACCUGAAAACCUCCCUUCCUCCAGAAUACUGGAUCCUGCGUGGAGUGGCGCUCCUUUGUGACGUCAAAUGACUGUUUCAUAUUGAACACUGACACAUACAGCCAUUAUUCAUUUUCCCUCAGUUAUAGGGAUGGUUAAGUGUGCAGGAUUAAAAAGCUCUCAUCAAGGUUAAAUCUAUUUUUAGCAUCAUUUCUGUAUUAGGGAAAUAUGCAGCUCCAUAGUAAAGGAACAAACAAAGUGACUAACAAAUUUUUACAGUCAGUGUCAGGAAUUGUGGAUAGAUACUGGGUGUUUCUGUGCAGUCAGGCCAAGGUCAGACCCAGAAUUAGCACGUUCAAAAACAUCAUGUCAGUGUUUUUUGUUUUUGCUUGAGGUCAACAGAAGCAUAGACGUCUGUAGUGUGGCUGCUAAAGGUCCUGUGUAAAUGUUCGAAUACUCUGGUAUGAAGCCCCCUGUCUCUUUGGGUUUCCUCUUUUCAUUCAGACUAGUUGGACCAAAAUGAUCUGUUUUUGAAAUAAUUUACACCCUAAAGUCCAGACAUAUCGUAGCCAUCUGCAUGCUCACCCAGUGUCAAGUCUGUACAGUAUUCUAAAGGUAAACCAAAGACCUUUAUUCUAGUUAUGAUGUAUGUAUUAUAGUGACAUCGUCAGCUCAUUUGAUUACUCACACAGUCCAGUUUCAUUUGACGAAUAAUAUCAGUUCAGCACGUACUGUACGGCUUUUCAUUACAAAUCCUGACAUGUUAAUGAACUGAGCUUGUCAUAUUCGAAGAAUCCUGAGGGUAAAUAAAGGCACUGUAGCACUGAAAUACAUAGAAAUUUUAAUUAAGUUUUUACAAAAAACAACUUGCAUCAUCAAAACAUCAAAACACUUUUUUGGUAGUAUUUUCUUUUCUUACAAAACCACCAUAUCAUAUGUGAUCUAAAGCUACCCUGUACACAGGUCAGGCAUGGAUUUCCCAAGAAAGUCUUAAAUGUUUGUAGUUUUUUAAUUGAACCUGUUUUGUAAAUCUUUGUGGCUCACCGGGGCCAGGUGCAUAUAAAACUGUGUACCCACAAACAAAAGUCUGCAGUCUUUCUGUCAGGGUCGCAAUAUAAAGUGCAUGCUAAGAUAAAACAUUUUAUAGCACAGUUUGUAGAGUCACCAAAUGUGUCAUGUUAUGUGUGUCUGGAUGCCAUUUUAACCUUUGUCCCGCCUUCCCACAUUCAAAUCAGCUUUUAUUUACAAAAAAGAGAGAUGAGCUCAUGUGCAGAUGCAAACUGGAUCCAAAGAUGAAAUAACAGUUUAACACUUUAACAUUGAAGGAAUUUACUUUAGUGCAGGACCUUAGAGAAGCUUUAAUGUAUGCUGUUUAUUUUAACUUAAAGGCUGGGUAAACUGUAUUUAAAUGACAAUCCGUCACAUGAAUUCAGUUUAGGCUUACAGUGCCAAAUCACAACAACAAGGUGCUUUCUACUGUAACAUACAGACCUUACAGUUAAUCUGGAUGAAUGAUGGCAAAAUUGUAACCUUCAUAAUGUGUGUUUGUCACGGUUUUUUGGUCAUUUUAACUCACACUGAAUCAGACUACAUAUUUAACUGCUGAAAAUAACAUUACGAAGUCACCGUUGAGGAUUUUUUUUCCUAAUUAGAUCAUCCAAGAAAACUUGGAAGAAAAAGACGCAUGAUUUUACAGAAAGGUUUAUCAUUCAUGUUUUCAUUUUAAUCUCUUAUUUAUUCUGCUUGUGGCUCUUAAAAAAAAAAAAA